AUGCCUACAAUGUGGCUUACCGACUCGCAGAAGAUUGGGGUCGCUUUCUGCUCCGGUGGAGGCUUCUUCCUGAUUGGAGGUGUUAUUAUGUUCUUUGAUCGCUCAAUGUUGGCUAUGGGAAACAUCCUCUUCCUGGCCGGUAUCACGCUACUCCUCGGAGUCCAACGAACCUUCCUCUUCUUCGCUCGUCGCCAGAAGAUCAAGGGCACAGCAGCCUUCGUCGCAGGCAUCAUCCUCAUCCUCCUUCGCUGGCCAUUGAUCGGUUUCCUUGUCGAGAUUUACGGCAUCUUCAUACUGUUCGGCGAAUUCUUCAAGACGAUAGCCGGCUUCGCAUACAACAUUCCUGUGGUAGGACCAUACCUUGCUAGAGGCCUCCAAAAGGCAGGCGAGAAAGCAGGAGAAGGGAACAGGAACAAAGACCUGCCUGUUUAA